AUGUGUGCGCUCGUUGCGAGAUUUUCGAAGAAUGCUGUCUUCAAUGGCGUCGCUCCAGAGUCACGUGGUAAGCUCUAUGCCGGCGAGGCCAUUCGCUUAUUCCAGGAGAGGGUGAACUAUCCCAGCCUGGAAACGGUGCAGGGUGCAGUUCUCCUGGGGCAUCUCGUAGGGGGAGAAGGAGAUGCGCAGGCGAAGCAGGUCUACAUCGGCGUUGCCCGCACACACGCUGAAGUGCUCUCUCUAUGGGCCAUGCCGCCAAACUCCACCGUUGUGCAUCGAGAAGAGCGGAGGCGGACGUGGCUUUCCAUCCGGAUUGCGGACCCGUGGACUAUCAUUGACAUGUCUGUAAACUCGGGGGCUUCUCUCCACAACCUCAAUGUGCUCCCCGAGGUAGACGAUGUGGCGUUUCACACGUAUGACCCGGAACUUUUGCGAGAAGUGCCCGUUCCAUCCUCGUCGAGAUGUGACAUGUGGGCGCAAAUGGCCGGGACGUUGGACAUAUACACCCGAAUAAGCGUCCUUCUAACGCGACUCAGUCGUGGAGUCAUCACCUUUGACGCCUACCUCAGCGAGGUCCCCUUGUUGAAGGAGUGUCUGGACGGAUGGGUUCGGGGAUUGCCUCCAACAUUGGCCUAUAGCUCCAAGAAUCUCACGUUCUUUGCUAAACAGGGGCUGGGGCGGAAUUUUCUCGCCAUGCAUAUUGUCUACCAUCAUUUCCGGCAAAUGCUUUUCUUUCCCUCUCUGGAUGCACGAGCAGGUCGGAACGCAGCAUCUACUGCAGACGGCAUUGCUCAAUGCAGAAAAAGCGCCAAUGCGAUCUCUGAAAUCAUCGAUUACUCCACAAAGGUGGACGAUUGCCAGCUCGACUACUUCCUUUACGGGCACGUGGCCAUCGUCAGCUCUUGUGUCUACAUGCAGGUUUUGAUGCUGAGCGAGGAGUUGUCGGAGCUGAGUACCGCACGGCAACGCGUAGUCUCGAACUUUGAAUACCUGAUGGGAUUGAGAACACAUUGGCCUGCUGUUCGGCAGUCGAUUGCGCGCCUCCGAGACUUUCAAACCACUUACCAAGAAACCAUGAGCAAUCCGUUCACCUUGGACCACUGGCUGGCCCGCUUUGUCAUCGAACACACUGCCAUCCUGGCGGAGCGGCAAACACCCGGACCGCAACCCUCAAGCAUCCCGCGACCAUCACAAUACAAUACCAGCGAUGAAUCCGGGAUCCUGGGGCUGACGGGGAGCAUCAAAACCGAAUCUUCGCUUCUGAUUCCGCCAUCACACACCCGAGUAUCUGACCGAGAGAGCGGCAAGCUGUCUGCUCUCCUCAGUGACCACAGUCUGACUAGCGAGGCGCUCGUGAACAACGCUCUGAAUUGGUUGUUGGAGUAG